GCGAGUGCAACAUAACCUUCUUGGGAUUGGGUUGGAUCGAUAAAUCAAGACAUCCCGUCUUGUCACCCCUUUGCCCUUGUUUUCGCGAGGGUGUCAUCUGCUCCCCCGAGUUGGCACAGCUAGUGGAGGUUUACGUAGUCCGCAUUGACGUGGUUUCAAUUUUGUUUAUGAUUCGGAAAUCGGCCAACUCAGAUUGACGGAACUGGAAUUUCCCUAUGAGUUGACAGGAAUCCCUCACGACGAAUUUCUUGUUGAAUCGGCAGACGAUUGCUCUGCCUUGAUUUUUCCGCUGACUGGCUGUGGUUUCAAUGAAUAAGGUGGAUCCCGAACUGAUCUUCACCAAGCAAGAGAGGAUUGGUAAGGGAUCUUUUGGAGAAGUCUUUAAAGGAAUAGACAAGCGAACUCAGCAAGUUGUUGCAAUUAAAAUAAUUGAUCUUGAAGAAGCUGAAGAUGAAAUUGAAGACAUACAGCAGGAAAUCAUGGUGCUCAGCCAAUGUGAUUCGACAUUUGUCACCAAAUACUUUGGCUCCUACCUCAAGGGUACCAAGUUAUGGAUUAUCAUGGAAUAUCUUGGUGGGGGUUCUGCCCUGGACCUGAUGAAAGCAGGGUCUUUUGAGGAAAUGCACAUAGCCAUAAUUCUUCGUGAAGUUCUCAAAGGCCUCGACUAUUUACAUUCAGAGCGUAAAUUACAUAGAGAUAUUAAAGCUGCAAAUGUGUUGCUGAGUGAAAUGGGAGAUGUGAAACUAGCAGAUUUUGGUGUAGCAGGCCAGCUCACUAACACUACUAAUAAAAGAAACACUUUUGUGGGUACUCCUUUUUGGAUGGCUCCUGAAGUUAUCAAGCAAUCAGCAUAUGAUUCAAAAGCCGACAUAUGGUCAUUGGGUAUUACAGCUAUUGAAUUGGCCAAAGGAGAACCUCCCAAUUCAGAACUUCACCCAAUGCGUGUGUUGUUUCUCAUACCCAAAAAUAAUCCUCCUCAAUUAACUGGUCAAUACACCCGUCAAUUCAAAGAAUUUGUGGAAGCUUGUCUCAAUAAGGACCCUGAUAAUAGGCCAACAGCCAAAGAACUUCUAAAGUUCCCAUUUAUCCGUAAAGCCAAGAAGAACUCCUACCUUGUAGACUUAAUUGAUAGGUACAAGAAAUGGAAAUCAUCACGCAGUGAAGAGAGUGAGACAGAAAGUGAAAACUCUGACUCGGAAGAAUCAAAACCAGAUAGUGACAUGGAUGAGCCAUGGAUAAUGACUGUUAAAGGCGUUCACUCAAUCAAACCACCUCCGGAAGAAAAUAAUCACCGACUAAAUGGAAAUCAUCAUCGUAAUGAUAGGAGCCCUGGCCCAUCUCGACCACAGGGGAAUGCUCCUCCACCUCCUUCAGAAAGUCCUCAACAUUUGGUACAAGUUCAAUCACAAUCACAAGUUCAGCCCACAUCCCAAACUACUGGAACUCGAGAAAAACGUGGAUCUAAAGAAAUAGGUCCUUUAGACCACCGGGGAGACAGGCCAGAACAUAUCAAUCGCACUGAACAUGCAAAUAGAACUGAUCGUACAGACCAUGGUGUCCGAUCUGAUCACGCUAAUCGUAAUGACCGUUCUGAAAGAGCAGAGAGGUCAGAUAGAUCAGAGCGGUCAGAUAGAUCAGAGCGAUCAGAUAGAUCAGAUAGAUCAGACCGAUCAGAGAGGUCAGAACGAUCAGAUGUGGCAGAAAGUGACCGUGUUGGCUCACGCCAUGCUCACCACCAACGCUCUCCUUGUCUGUGUCGAGUAAUUUAUCCCAUUAUAUCUGAGUUACAGAGAAGACGUGAUUAUAGUCCACAAGGUGGGGAACCUGCACACCGCACUGAUGCUAUAGAAGAGCUUAAAAAUGCUUUUGAACUUGCUGAAAGAGCCAGCCCUGGCAUAUCAGACCUUUUCGUACGAGAGAUGGUACAUAAACUUGUCCCAGAUGUUACAGAUACAGAGAUCAGAGGGGUAAUGGAUAAAAUCACUAGGGAAACAACAUAGGCUCAGCUAGUUAUGCACCAUUUAGUGUACCUGAUGGCCACACCUGUGCAUUUAAACGCUAGCUUGUAGCUGCGCCAAAUCAUGCAGGUUCCUUUUUCAAUUACUAAGCAGCAAUAAACUGUACUCAGUACGUACUUACACCUUGGACGUGGAGUGGCAGCAGCUCGGAAGGAUUACUGCAAUGUUAACAAGCGUAGGUAUAGAGACGACUAGCACACAGGUCCCCUUUAAUAGAUCAGUCAAGCACUUAUUUAUGCAUUGAAAUAAUUAUCUCAAUCUAUUUUGUCGGGAAUCAGAAAAGUUACAAAUGUAAAGGAUACUUUUAAAGGUCCUUCAUGUGUAUAUAUUCAUUCAUAAAUCAUGGUUACUUUUAUAGAAGACAAAGAAAAGAAGUAUUGUAAAUUUUCCUUGAGGUUUAAUAAAUUUAUUUUUAUAGAGUUGUUCUUAUGUAAGGUAUUCUAUGUGGAGGACUUUGUUGAGCCAUACUGUUCAUGGUAGAAUUGUGUGGAGUGACAGCACAUCCUUCAAGAUGUGUUGUAUUUAGUUUUCCAGAGUGAAUAGUGUAUUAUUAUUACAAAGAUAUAAAUUAUUUUCUGUUCAUUAAUUUCCACAUAAUGAUUAUAAUGCCAUGUUAAUUCAUGGGUAAAGUUAUACAUGCAGUGUAAACUAAUGAUAAAGUUUAACAGAUAGCUGCAGCAGAUGGAGUUAAUCAACUACCUAUGUAUGUUGUGCAAAAUUAUCUGACCACCCCAUAUCAUGAGUGGUUUUCCUUGCUGCCAUGUAUUUCCUCUAUGUGCCAUGCUCUUAGAGAUACAGAAGAUAUAUGGAUGUGUGAAAUGAAGGAUAAUAUAUUACUAAUUUAUGUCAAAGUAGUGUUUUCCUCUAAAGCUAAAUCUAAUUCUACAAAGCAGCUAAGUAUUCAUUAUAAUUUACUCAUAUUAAGUUGAAAUGUUGAAACUUUAGAUAAUUUUGAGGGAUUAAUUUCUACUUGCGGGUGAAAUGGCACAUAAAAGUGAGGAAUCUUGCUUGUUAUAUGGGGUGGUCAAUCAAAAUUGCAUGCCAUAGCGUCGUGAGCCUGAGAUAAAUUGCGAUGUGUGUGAAUGUGUGAGUGAGUGUCUACUUUGAGGGCUGAGCAGAUUUUAAGGAAUCUUGGUCCACAUAUUUUUAAACUGUGUGUUCUUUGUUUGACUGGUUGAGGACCAUUUUUUUUGUUUGGAUUAAUUAGUUGGUUGCGUCGUGUUCUCUGUGCUCACAAUGUCUACUCUGUGAUUAGCAGUCAGAAUGCGUCUGUAAUUUGGAAGAAGUUCCCCAUCCCCGUGAUAGUAUUAUCUUCCAUUUGUUGAGACAUGAGAAGCCAACGGCCUAUGUGAAAUACUUAUUGUUGCUUCUCCUUUUCUGAAUUUUUCCUUUUCUACAAGUUGUUUGUAGUAUUUUACUUCUAUUAUCUAGUGUGUAUACACUAGAAGUGUUUUUUAUCCAUUCCUGAGAGUGAUGAAGGAGAAUUGUUACUAAUUUUUGCUUUGAUGCUGAGGGUGAGAUUGUGGUAUUGAAUGUAUGGUGUGUGAGUUAAACUGAAUGAUGUGUGAAUGAUUAACAGAGUAUCAUUGACAAUAAAGUAGUAAACCUUGUGGAGCACCACAGCUCUGUACAUUUUAUUUGCCAUUUGCACACACUAUCGCUGAUGUGAUAAUAAAUUGCCACAUUCUUUAGAAAUAAAGUGCCAACAAUUGUGUCUGUGUGUGCGGGGCGGGAGUUGGUUUUAGUGCAGUUACUAAAUCUAAUGCUGUCUUAAAAGAAUUGUAACAUUAUCAUUAUUGUUUGUUAUGCUAGGGGAUUUCUGUGAUAAAUGCAGAGCUUGAUGUAGAACUCUCAGUAGUACGUCUGUCUCCUGUUUUGGCCAACAAGAUCUGGCUGUACAGAAACAUGUAUUUAUGAAAGAAAUAAAGUUAAUUAUCAAGUAA